AUGAGCUUUAACGUAUCACUUUAUUCAAUUGAUGCAAUCAUCAUUUUGGACAACCAACAAAAUAGAAUAUUUACCAAAUACUACAAACCACCACAUGAGACUCCUGAGAAUGAUUUAAUAACGAACAUAAAGAAGCAAAAGCAGUUUGAAAAAGACUUAUUCAAAAAGACACUCAAACAAAACACGGACAUAAUACUGUUUGAUAACCACACCGUCGUGUACAAAGAAUAUUCUGAUACCAUUGUUUAUGUCAUAGGUGGCCUUAGCGAAAGCGAAGUUUUGCUAUAUAAUGUCUUACAAGGACUAACCGGUGCAUUUGAAAUCAUUCUAAGCUCACAAUUAGAUAAGAGGUCAAUGCUCGAGUCUUACGAUAUGCUAGUUCUUGCUAUCGAUGAAACUGUUGAUGAUGGUAUUAUUUUGGAAACUGAUGCUUCUGCGAUCGCCGCAAGAGUGACUAAUCCACCGACCGAAGAUGCUGUAAACAUUAAAAUCGAUCUUUCGGAAAAAGGUUUGCUCAAUGCUUUCAACUUUGCAAAGAAAAAUAUUUCAGAACGUUUGCAACAGGGCUUUUAA